CAACCACUCUAUCAAUCCAAUCGUCCUUGUAUUGGGAAUGCAAUAUGAAUCGCAAUGUCACAGAGCUUUGCAGUCUUCGACGAUAUACUGCCAGCAUGCGAUCUAUGUCAUUCUAAAAAGAUCAGAUGUAACAGACAGAGAAACUGCUCAAAUUGUGUAGACGUUGGUGUCGAGUGCCAGCGUCUUCGUCGCGGAAGAACACCGCGCAAACGAUCUUUUUCAAGGUUCGCGGCCUCGGUGGCCUACAGUUACUACCACGAUCACCGCUAAGUCACUAUCUGCUAGUGCCACUGGUCCAGCGGAAACAAUACUUCGCCUGGAAAGACCGGCAGCUCAGCCUCAAGGGUGCAAGCUCUUCCCAAACUCUGGCUCUUA